GCCCAGUCUAUAAAACACCUUCCGCCCCCGACCCACCUCCCACAACGUUGGACAAUGGCUGCCGCUAGAAAUUUGCUGCAGACGUCGAAGCCUUCUUCACGUUUUCUGCUUCUUCGUUCUUCGUCGUCGUCGUCCGUGACGACGUUGAGGUGCACAAGCAAGGUGGAGAUGAUGGACAGCGGGAAGAGGCUUUGCGGGGUUGUUAAUGGUGAUGAUCAGAGGAAAUCAAUGGUGAGGGCACCGGCGGCUGCUUAUUCGGGGAGUAGAGUGUUCGAGACGGCGGAGCCGCAGACCACCUCCAGAACGGGAUUAAUGGAGUAUUUACUGACUGCGAUGCUAACCAAUGUCAGCAAUUUUGCUGCAGCUGUGGGCAAGAUCUUUAGGCCAGCUGUGGAUUUACGUCCCAGGCCCUGGAGAUUGCUGGCUCAGCUGUCCGUCGAAAGGGCCAUAAUUGACUGUCGAUUCUUUACAUUGUUUGCUGUCGCUGGCUCCUUGGUUGGUUCGAUAUUAUGUUUCUUGGAGGGUUGCUUUACUAUUAUAGAGUCAUAUUUGCAGUACUUCCAAGCAUUGUCACAAAGAGCGGAUCAAGGAGACGUAAUGCAGUUGCUUAUUGAAGCCUUAGAUUUGUUCUUGGUGGGAACUGCCAUGCUUGUUUUUGGUAUGGGUUUAUAUGUCAUGUUCGUGGGAACAAAGAGCAUAAAAGAAAAAGGGCCACGGCUUCCUGGGUCGAACUUGUUUGGCCUAUUCUACCUCAGGACCCUCCCAACAUGGAUUGAAACACAAUCAUUUUCGCAAGCAAAGUCAAAAAUUGGGCACGUGGUGACGUUACUAUUGCAAGUGGGAGUUUUGGAGAAGUUCAAGAGUACACCUUUGGUUAAUGGGCUGGAUCUUGCCUGCUUUGCUGGAGUUGUACUAAUUUCUUCAGCAUGUAUAUUCCUACUGUCUAGCCUUUCUACCAGGGGCAAGUAGCUGACUAAUUAGAGACCUUGGAAUCGAAAAUACACCUAGCUAGUUCAAUUGCACAUUCUUUAUUGUAGAAUAUAGAGUCUGUAUAAUUGUUGUGCCUUUGGAGAAACCAAGUUGUCAUUAAGUAAUCCUGCAUUGAAGAAGAAGAAGAAGAAGAAGAAGAAGAAGCUCCCCCAUACAGUAUGCAGUUUUUCAAUUGUAACAAUGCAUACCUAUUUUUGCUUUGCUAUAUAAAAUUCAUUUAGUGA